ACGUCUAUGAUUAUGACGUAAAUAAGGAUAACCUAGCGCGUCAAUUGCACCCAAGGUUCUAAAUUUUUUAAUAAUGUUUUAGUCGAGGAACAUAUUUUUAUCUUAUGUCUACGAUGUCGUCCGACAACGAGGAUACUCAAUUUCAGGUGUACAAGGAUGAUCCGCGAAUUCCUUGUCAAUACGGUGUCAAAUGCUAUCAGAAAAAUCCACAACAUCAUAGCAAAUACAAACACCCGCCAAAAAGAGAUAUGAUGAAACAAAAAGCUGAGAAAACGAUUACUGGCAUAAAAAGAAAAAAACCUAUUAAAGAGGAUAAGAAGAAGAAAAGUCCCAAGAAAAAAUUACAAAAGAUACACGAGUUUUGCGAGCGACAUUUGCACGAUAUUUCCCCGAGUCCGGAGAGAAACGACAAUAUUAGAAACAGUGAUGAGGAUGAGGAUAAAAACUUUAAUGAAAAAACAGAAGCAUCAGAUAAGAAUGCAACAAUUGUACAGACAUCAUUGAAUCAGUCUAAUCAUUCACUUGAACCUGACAAGUGCAGCAUAGCUGCAAACAUAUCGACAUCCAAUGUCAAUGUUGAGAGAAUUAUUAAGGAUCUUUUUCUGGUCGAGAUGCCAGUAGAUUUUUUUCAGUUUUACGAAUUUUGUAAAAGUUUAUCAAAGAAUAAUCCUCUCAUGGCAUGUAAAUCUAUUUGCUUGAAACUUGUAGGCCCAUAUGAUAUACUAGAUGGUAAAAUAAAAAGUGCUGAUAGUAUAAACGAUAAAGAAAAAUAUUUGGUACAUUGGAGAUACUAUUAUGAUCCUCCAGAAUUUCAGACCAUUAUAAAAUUUGAUGAUAAAGAUGGAUUACAUUUUGGUUACUGGCGAGAUAGUGUUAAUGAGAAGCCAGUAUUUGUAGCAAAAAAUCGAGCAAACAUAGAUUGCAUAUUUGAAUCUGUUGCAGAAAAUAUAUUUGGUGCAGUUGAUGCUUAUUUGCAAGAUAAAGUGAAAUCAGCCAAUCCUUUUGAGAAGACUGGUAUAAUGCGUCUGCAUUUCCAGCUGAAAAACUUUGCUAAACAACAUAAAAUAACUCUGGAAAAAAACACUGUAAAUAUGCGAUCGAGAGAAAGACAAGUUGUAGCACGAACCUUUCAUAAAGCAGGCAUUGUAGUCCCUUACGAUAAAAAGACUCAGUUGGGUUAUAGAGAUUUGGCAGCAACAGACAACGAUUUGCAAAAGAUAUUAAAACAGAUAGAGGAAGCUGGUACUUCAGAUGAGAGAAAGACAUCAUUCGUGAAACUCGACGAGAUCGUAAGAUUAGCGACAAUAGCCGCGGAUGAAUGCGACUUUGGCACUUGUUUGGAAUUAGGACAUGAUCUCUUCUCAAACGGCGGCGUUCACGUUCAAUCAACGGCUUUACAAAUGUUAUCCAUUGCCUAUACCUAUUUACAAAGAAGGAAAGAGAGAUGUCGAAUUUAAAUAGAUCAGAUCCUACAGCCGGCGGAGAUGCACCCGUUGUAGAAAAGACCGAUUGUGUCGAUGAUGCAAUUUCGCUAUCAACUAUCGAGUUGAAAUGUUCCAAAGAUGAAACUACAACCGUGGAAGAAGUCGCAGUAUCGACCUUAAAUGUACAGGCCGAAUGUUUAGAAGCGACGAAUGACUCACU